GGAUGUUUGAGGAAUCCUUGGGUGUCUGCUUCUAUCUAUGGAUUGAUGCUCACGGUCUUCUAUAGAUCGAGAAGAUAUAUCAAUAUUACCAGCUCAACAUGAAACUAUGACGUCGGUGGGACCAUAUACACAAUAUUCUCUAUCCAGGUAGAGUACAUGCAUAAAAUCGAUCCCCGCACCGGAGUCAGCCUUAUCAACAAUACAACGUAGCUACUCAUCAUCUCUGUCUCGAGAAUUAUACCUAGCCUCUUCAAAAUGCAACCACAACAGGAUGGAUCCAGCAAUGCCCUGGUACGGUGGUACAUUGACACUCGAGACCUAACAUCAACCAACUCUGCACUCCCAUUACUGGAAACACUCCAACCACCAGAUCAGGAGUCAGCUAAACGAUAUUACCAUCUGAAAGACAGACAUAUGUCCCUCGCAUCAAAUCUUCUGAAAUACCUCUUCGUACACCGAACAUGCCGUAUCCCAUGGAACCAAAUCACCAUCAGCCGCACACCAGCACCACAUCACCGGCCGUGCUUUAUCCCCGCUAAGGAACUCCAAGAUGCAACCUCCAACGGACCAAUCCCAAGCAUUGAAUUCAACGUCAGCCAUCAAGCAUCCUUGGUAGCCCUGGCUGGAACCAUUCUUCCACCAUCAAACACCAAGGAUGCAACAUCAUCGGAUAUCUUCAUAAACCCCAACCCAUCCUCUACACCCCUCCCAUCCGUACCGCAGGUAGGAAUAGACAUCACCUGCGUAAACGAACGCCGGAACACGCCGAAUACCAGACAAGCAUUAGACGAGUUCGUCAGUAUAUUCUCGGAGGUUUUCUCCGACCGCGAGUUGGAGACGAUCAAAAGCCUAGAUGCGGUACCGCCACAUAUAGGCGAGGACGAGAAUAGCCGCGUGGAAUAUGGAUUUCGUCUGUUUUACGCCUACUGGGCUUUGAAGGAGGCGUAUAUUAAGAUGACGGGGGAGGCGUUGUUGGCACCAUGGUUGAGGGAAUUAGUGUUUACGAAUGUUCUCGCGCCAGAACCCGCGGGUCCGGACUUGGAGCCUUGGAGUGAGCCUUACACUGGGGUCAAGACGUGGCUGUAUGAGAAGGAGGUGGAGGAUGUGAGAGUCGAGGUUGUUGCGUUUGAGGAAGAUUAUCUUAUUGCUACUGCGGCAAGAGGAGGUGGCAUCGGGCGUGGAAGUGGGAGUAAUGGUGCAGAUCCGUGGCAGCUGUUGCAGAGGAUUGACAUCGAGAAAGACGUUAGACCUUGCGCGACAGGUGUUUGCAAAUGUCUGCAAUAGUCUUUGUUCUCUCCCCGCCGAAUAAAAUACUACGUUCAUAUACAUAUGCAUAGGAGGUUCGAACAGUAAGCAGAUAUGCUCUGUCAAUCGGUAAGCUACAUACAGUAUUGGUCCAGGAUACAGUGGGGGAGAGGAUCCCGGUGUCACUGGACGUAUGACAUAUAUACAUUGUGGUAGAAACAGUCCUAUCCAAAAGGCCUAGGGACAGAUUAAAAUGAACGUUUCAUAGGGGCCAACCGCUAGGUUUUCAUGUCAUCA